AUGAUGAAACAAUCUGUGUCGAGCUGCACCAGACCGCUGAGAAGACUAUGUGUGCGCUCAAGAGGAAGAUUUCAUACCUCUAGCAGGCGGCUAUCUUCAUUCCAAUACAAAUGGAACGUCCAUAGGUCAUCAAAGACAAAAAGGGAUAUAAACUUUGCACUUGCUGGAGGAAUUCUUUUGGCUGCCUCUUAUAUUUUCCUUACCAAGAACAAACUUUUUUUGGACUCAUCCAGAUCAUUGACUAGUGAUGGUGCAACUCUCAUUUCCCAACAGAGAUCACUUUCAGGAACUGCCGCAACGUCAGGUCCAUACGAUAAAUCUAAUCUGAAGCAAAUGUUAACGGAUGAGGAGGUGGACAGAAGACUUCGAGCUUUUGAAGAAAGUUACACUCUCAAGAAUGGUAAAGGAGUUAGUAGAUAUGAUGUGUGCCAAUUACCGAGUAAUAACCCAAUAGAGGAUGCUAGGGCAGAAAAGGUAAUUCAGGUUCCAAUUGAAGACUCCCACGGUAAGGAUAGAAGAAGUGACUCUUAUUGGUAUUUUUGGUCAGUUUUUGAUGGCCAUGGAGGUUGGAAUACAUCACAAAAACUAAGUAAAGAGCUUACUAACGCGAUUAUCAAGGAGUUGGCGAACUCCGCGUACAAGAUAACUCAUGAUGAUUUACAUCUUAUUCCAUCCAGUGAGACAAUAGAUAGGGCCAUUAAGAAUGGGUUUGUUCAAUUUGACCACAAGAUGGUUAUAGAAAAUGUGCAAGAGUUCUUUGCUACAGAGCAGAAAGAUAAAUCUGCUGCCAUGAAGUUUCUUCUACCAGCCCUUUCAGGAUCUUGCGCACUUAUGUCGUUUUACGAUACUCAUACGAAGAACUUGAAAGUGGCGGUUUCGGGUGACUCGCGCGCUCUAUUGGGGUCUGUUAACGACAAAGGAGUUUGGACUGUAAAAUGCUUAUCAAUUGAUCAGACAGGCAGAAACCCAAGUGAAGUUACCAGACUACGCAAAGAGCAUCCAGAUGAGCCAAACGUUGUUCGUAAUGGUCGUAUACUAGGCUCUUUAGAGCCAACUAGAGCCAUGGGGGAUGGAAAGUAUAAAUGGGGGCCGGAAUUGCAGCAGCAGUUAGGUAAUAUGUUCUUUGGAGGUAAGCCAUUAAAGAAAUUAAAAAGUGCUCCAUACGUCACAGCAGAACCAGUCGUCACAACUCAAGAAAUUCAUCCAGAAAAGCACGAUUUUCUGGUUCUUGGAUCAGACGGACUUUACGAGAUGCUUUCAAACGAGGAUAUUGUGGCUUUGGUUGUCAAAUGGAUGGAAAAUAAGAACAUGAUUAAGAUCAAACGUCCUCUUUUGGGAUCAUUAUUUUCCAAGAAUGAUGAUUCAAAACUUCCAAAAGUUAUAGAUGUUUCGGAUCCUGCUGCAAAGGCAGAAAAAAAGCCUUUCAGGCAGUUUAAUAAGAAAAACUCUAAAGAGUAUCUGCUUGAAGAUGAAAAUGUGGCUACACACUUGAUCAGAAAUGCUUUAAGUAAUGGCGGAUACAGUGAAUAUGUUAAAUUACUUCUGAGUAUUUCCUCACCCGUCAGCAGAAGGUAUCGCGAUGAUCUCACUGCUACUGUUGUGUUUUUCUCCGAUGAAGAUUCUGGAAUUUCAGGAGAAACUCAAGCUUCUGUUGAGAUCAACCCAGAUGCCACGAGAGGUGGAUUGGACCAAAAGCUGAAAUCAAAGAUAUGA